AGGAGCGGUGCGGGGAGGCGGCGAUGAGCGUGCAAGAGGAGAUCAUGGAGGUGCUGCGAGUGUCCUGGCCGGUUCACCUCGGCUUCCUGGUUUCCGUGACCACCCUUUACCUGGUCUUCCCCUUCUUCACAUACGUGCCGGCAGCGGGGGCGGGGUGGCUGGGGAGCAACCUGCCCCUGGCCCUCUUCUACACCCGCCUCUUCACAGACCUAGCCGGCCGCCUGCUGCCUCGCAUCCGCUCCCUGCAGCUCCGCUCCGCCUCCUCCGUACUCUCCCUCGCCGCCGCCUCCCUCGCCCUCGCCGCCCUCUUCUUCGCAUACAUCCUGGCUUCCCGACCUCUGGCGCCCCCACCACCCUCCUCCUUCCCUGCCACCGCUGCUGCUGCUGCUGCUGCAAUCCCCACCGCUGCAACUACCACCACCACCACUGCCGUACACCACUCUCGUGUCCUGUGGUCGCUCCUCCACAACGACGCCGUACCGCUGGUGCUGGUGGUGGCGCUGUGGCUGCUGGGCGGAUUCACAAACACCGCCGCCAACACGCUAGCGCCGCUGCUAGUGCCGCCGGAGCUGGCGGGCAGGGCGUCGGCGCUGAUGGCACUAGGGUUCAAUGCGGGACACAUCGGGGGGCUGCUGGCGGCGGCGGCGCUGGCGGCGGCGGC